UUAUUUAUCCAAAUUUGUUUGGUCGGCUUAACUCUAUAAUUUCCUUUUCUCUCUCUCCUCUUAUUCAACAUUUCCUCCCACACUCUAAUUAUUCAGAAUUAUUAUAUUACUAUAUAAUUUAUUCUUGAUCAAAACUUUGGGUCUUCCUUCACCUAUUCACCCAUGAUUUCUUGUGCCGCUUAAACACAUUUAUUUCCAUAAUCCCCCAAUAAUUUUCUGACUUUUGUUUUUCUGUCCUGCAAAUCUAAGUUAAGGGAAGGGUUCGCUGAUUUCGGUUGAUAAGAGUGAUACAUAGCAAGUCCAGUGAUGACUUGCUUUCUAUCAUUAUGUGGAAAAGGAGCUGUAUCCGCUGCUGAACCAACUAUAGACAUCGAUGGAGUUGCAGGUGUAGAAAAUAUAAAGUUCUAUACUUACAGGGAAUUACAACUUGCAACGGAGAACUUCAGCCAAGUAAAUAAAAUUGGGGAGGGAGGUUUCGGUCUUGUCUAUAAGGGAAGGCUUAAAGAUGGAACUAUGAUUGCCGUUAAGGUGCUUUCACCAGAAUCAAGGCAAGGGUUGCGCGAAUUUGUGACAGAGUUAACGGUCCUUGCAAAUAUUGAACAUGAAAAUUUGGUUGAGAUUUUAGGUUGUUGUGCAGAAGGAAAUAAUAGAAUUUUGGUCUCUAUAUAUUGUGAGAAUAGCAGCCUUGCUCAAACUUUACUUGGUCAGAGCAACAGCAGCAUUUUUUUCAACUGGAGAACAAGGAGAAAUAUAUGUAUUGGCAUUGCAAAGGGGCUUGCGUUUCUUCAUGAAGAAGUCCAUCCUCGUAUUAUACAUAGAGAUAUUAAAGCUAGCAAUAUCCUCCUUGACAAAGAUCUGACAGCCAAAAUUUCAGAUUUUGGUCUGGCAAAACUUAUUCCAGCUAACAUGACACAUGUUAGCACAAGGGUUGCAGGGACACUAGGCUAUUUGGCACCUGAAUAUGCACUUAGAGGCCAGUUGACAAGGAAAGCUGAUAUUUAUAGUUUUGGUGUUCUUCUUUUGGAAAUUGUCUGUGGUAGAUGCAACAGGAAUAGACGGCUGCCUCCUGCAGACCAACAUCUUCUUCAGAGGGCGUGGAGAAUGCUUGAGAAAGAGACACUUGUGGAGUUGGUUGACGAAGCAUUUAGAGUAGAACUUGAUAUUGAGGAGGCAAGCAGAUUCUGUAAGAUAGCUCUUCUUUGCACCCAAGGAGUACCGAAACGACGACCAACAAUGUCUACUGUGGUUAGAAUGUUUCAGGGAGAGGUAGAUAUUACUGAAAUGACCAUUACACGACCAGGCCUACUUUCAGAGUUUGAUCUUAAAGAAAAAGAAAAAGAAAACCCAACAGCAACAGCAACAGCAACAGGAACAGGAACAGCAACAGGUGCUUCGGACAUGAAAAAUUCUUCUUCCUUGUUCAGCUCAGAUUCCUCUUCCUUACCAUCAGACCCGACAAAUCCCACUAGUUAUCCCACAAUGACCUUUACAUCAAUAAGUUCCCGUAGUGAUUGAGAUUUCAGUAACAGGUAAAUUUUGCUCUUCUGUUUCUGUUUCUGUUUCUGUUUUACCUCUCAUUCUCCAUCUUUUUGUAGAUAUAUAAGCAGUAACACUCUUUGGAGAGCCUGUAAAAAGUGAUACAGGAUGGUUUUGAUAAUUAGAAAUUAUAGUAAAUGACGAUUUAUUCAUUCUAUCAAUCUCAUCGAUUCAGAUUAUUUUAUUUUUUUAAUA